AGUAACAGUAUCAGCCUCACUGUUCCACUAAAUAGGCACCGCAACCAGCCAUGGCCGCAAUUCAAGUCACCCUCCUUCUGACUCUAGCUGCCAGUGCGAUUGCCGCCAAUGCACCGUACAGGGUUGUCCGUCUGGGCUACAAGUACGACACGCCGUAUGGAGCGUACCCGAUACGCUCUGCCCCAGCCGUCAUAUCCUCUCCAAUCACCCACGUCGCCUCGACUUACCAUUCUACUCCAGUAAAGGCUGCCCUUGCAACGGUUCCUUCGUACUCAACCUCUUACCGCAGUGGCGCUGUCGUCGCACCUUACUACCAGGCGGCGCCGGCCACUCUUGUGGCACAUGCACCAAGCGUGGCGACCACCGUCCACACUGUCCCGGCAUCCUACGCUAAAGUCACCAAAUUCAACACAUACCAGACUGCGCCAGCGGUUGUAGCUAGUCCAGCUUUCGCCACUUACAACUCGGCCCCAGUCAUCACCCGCCAGUACUCAACUUCCCCGGUGUACACGUCUUCUGUACUUGGUCUGCCCAACGUAGCUACUACUUACGGCACAGCCCCAUACACAACCAAGGUCUACCACAGUGCUCCAGCCGUAGCUAGCACUGUUCGCGCCGUUCCAACUGCCACUGGCCUCACUAAGGUGACAGGCGUCACAUAUCACAAUGCCCCUGCCUUGGCCACAUACCGCAGCUCCCCAGUCGUCACUGGAGUGUACCAGAACUCCCCAGUCUUGACCACCGGACCAGCUGUUACCGCUGUGGUCCACGGAUUUCCAGCAGUGACCAAGAUUACCGGGCACAGGUCAUCACCAGUGUUCACCGGUGUCUACGGGACCAGCAGUCCAGUAUUGACUGCUGCUGCUCCAGCCACAGUCACCACCGUUCACGCUGCUCCUUCUGUCGCCGCCGUGCACCACACAUCCACUGGAGUGACGCGGGUGACCAAAGCCGACCCGUUCCACGCGAUCGAUCAGCACACCGUCCACACUAGGCCACUCGUCUCCACAGUAGCUCACUCUCCAGUUUCGACUGUCGCGCACGUUCCGGCCUACGGAUACGGAGUCGGAGCUCUGGGGUACACUCAGGGCCUGCCCGUGUACGGCCACAACUACGGAUACGGACUCGACGCCUUCGGUUACACUGCCAAGAUUCACAAGAAGUGUGAGUACAAGUCGUUUUAUGCCUAA